AUGGCUGUCAAAACAGGGUUUGCUUUCCUGGUUGCUGUUAUUUCAGUAUCAGGGGUUUUUUCAUCAUUCGAUUCACCCCCAGAAAAGUUUGUGGUUAAUCUCGAUCUUCCAGCAGAACAGAGAUGGACACACGUGGUAACGAAACAACCAUAUGCGGACUUGAUCCCGAAGAUUCGACAAGUGAUCGGUGGUAUGUUGCCAGACCCUUCAGUUGUUUUACCUUUGGUAGAAGAUAUUGCUGCAGAGUUGGAUAGCUAUAUCAAAAGUCCAUAUGCUGAGGAAAUGAGAGGAAUAGCUAAGAAUCUGAAUAUAUCAUUAGGUGACAUUGUCGGUGCAAAUCUUCUGUAUGAUGUUUCAGCGUUCUGUACCAGUAUUGUAAUGCAGGAUGACAAAAACAUGAUCUGGCAUGCCCGUAAUCUGGACUUCAGCUUUACAGAUCUCCUUAGAAACAUCACAGUCUUUAUUGACUUUCAGAAAAACAAUCAGACUGUCUACAGUGGAGUGACCUAUGCUGGAUACAUUGGUCUAAUGACUGGUCAGAGGCCUAAAGCAUUUACCAUUACAGCAGAUGAGAGAGAUAUUGGCAGUUGGUGGAUGAACUUCCUGAUUGGUAUAAUCCAAAGAGAUGCUGUACCUGUCAGCUUCCUGAUAAGAGAUACACUGGAACAGAGCACAAACUAUGAAAUAGCUGUAAAUAAGCUGGCCUAUACUACAACCAUGGCGUCUGUGUACUACAUUGUGGCAGGAGUUAAUCCAGGGGAGGGCACUGUCAUCACCAAAGGGCGUGAGGUUCCCAUUGAUAUUUGGACAAUUGACCCCACAAAAAACAAAUGGUUUGAAGUGGAGACAAAUUACGACCACUGGACUAACCCUCCUUCAGAUGAUGACCGUAGAGAUCCAGCGAUAAAAGCAAUGAAAACCCUUGGACAGAAAAACAUCAACAAGGCAAACCUGUUUAAUGUCAUGUCAGUGGUACCUGUGAGAAACAACCAUACAACAUACACAGUUGUGAUGUCUGCUGCCCAGCCCUCGAUCAUGCAGGCCUGGAUACGACAUGGAGAUGUCUACUGACCAGGGUCACCUCACUGUAGCUAACUCUGUUGACUACUCCAAAGUUUCAUGAACAUUCUUUUGCUUCAAGAAGUACCUUGUGUUUCUCAUCGGAAAAGAAUUUUCCUUAUUUUAAUCAAUGUGUUCCAGCGGAUUGAAUGUAGUUAAGGAACAUUCAUUGAACUGUGUUAAGAAGACAUUUACCUGUAAUCCUUACUGCCCCCAACUCUCUGUAACCAUAGUAACACAUGGUGACCUGAGUGAUUUUUCUAAUGGCUGCUACAGUCCCUCUUAUAAUGCAAUGUUUUGAGUUGUCUAUAACAACUAUUACUAUAAUACAUAUCCUGAUAUGAACUUCAUCUUGUUUUUCUUUGCAAUGCUAUUUUUUCUUGUCAAAAGUAAGGUUUGAAAAUGCACUCAUAAAUUGAAAAGCAGGUUCGUUAAAAAAUUUUGGAAAGCAAAGGAAGUUUAAUGAAGUGCUAUAUUGGUAACCAUUUCUUUUAUGUGUUCAGCAAUUGGCUUAAAGAGUAUCUGUAAAGUUGGUAUAAAUUUCAACAAAGACAAAAACUUGGUUCAUCUGGUUUUAGGUUAACAAACCUUAUGAUGACCUUGAUAACGAAAAUGAAUCCAAAUAUCAAUGUAUGAAGCUAAAUAUCAUAUUUCACAAAAUAUCUCUCUAUUUAACUAUGAAAAUAUGUGUAUUUUUGCAUCAGAAUGAAGAAAAACUGUUCCACAGAAUGUAUUAUUUACAUAUGUAUAAAACGAAUGUGAUUUAUAAUUUUUGAUUAGCCCUCAUACUGGUUGAUUGAUUAAAUCAACCCAAAGAGACAGAAAUAUCAAUCACAAAAAAUAGAAUUUUUGGAAAAUCAUGCAUGGGAAAGCUCAACUUGGGAAACUCUGACUUUCCCCCAAAAUAGUGGCAUUGUAAGCGAAUGUCUCCACAUUUUAUUUAAAGACUUUUCAUUUUUUUUAUUCUGUAGUACAAAAAUAUGACAAAAGCAUUAUGAAUCAUGGUCUCUCUGUUGUUAAAUACCAGUUAUGUAAUGGUAAUUGGGCUUAUGAAAAGGUAUGAUUAGGAAACCAAAUUGGUAUAUACAUCAUUCUAUAUUUUAAAAUGUAAACUUCAUUGUAUUUAAAUCAAAAUUCUAGUCUCUUAAUUCAUUAUCCAAGUAUAAUAUGUUGUAUUUUUAUGUAUGUCAGUGUUAUCACUUGUGUCUUUCACCCCUAACAAAUACUCUCUGCUAUAGUGCUUAUGUUUAGUGCUUAAGGUUGGUGACAACGAUUAUUAAGGAGCAAACCAUGACAGAUAGACUGAUAAGUUCCUGGCUGUUUUGCCAACUUUCAGGAAAACUGAUUAAGCAUUUCUAUAUUGCAAUAUAAAGGUUAAAUUCACAUGUAAGACAUAUCUAGAUAGUGUCGAUUUUACAUGCUAAAUACAGUUGUUGUUUUUUCAUGCAUGAACUGUGUUUUAAAAAUAAAAUACAGCAGGUAUACAUGAGGAACUAAGUCCUCAGUGUUUUCAUGUACAAAUAUUUGUCAUAUUUACAGUACACAAACAAUGUGAAAUGUAAUACAAUGUUCAUAUCUUGUGGUUGGGACAAGUCCCUGUAUUUUCAUGAAAAUUUAACCUUUAUGAAUUGUAUGACAAGGAAACAUGCACUUGUUACCUGUAUGAAAAUGUCUUACAGGUGAACCUUUCAGCUUUAUCCACACGAAAUAUGUAAAUGUGACCUUUCACCUCUAUAUAAUUUCAAUCCAUAUUGGUAUUAUUUCUGUUAUUUUAAGAUAAUUUUUGGUUAUGAUGUUUAAUUAAGUAUAUUUUUAUAAUAUAAUAAAAACGAUACCACAUG